UGCUUGCUUUGGCCCAUUUUCUUUACUUGUAUCGACCAACUGCAAACAUUUACGCGGCCUUGCUGUCAUUGCGCGGAGUUUCAUUCAUCUUCUAGUCCUGCAGGUUUUCUGCCUCCCUGACAGGCUUGGAUCUGCACUACGCCUCCUCGGGAGUGUACAUGCAGACCUCGAUUCAAACCAUCAUACGAGCGCAACACUUGCGCGCUCGAUUGUCGCUAGACAUUGAGUCUAAUGCCUGCACCACGGAGCCUUCCUGCUCGUUCUUCACAACGGCGCAAUUCUGUUCAAGAUGAUACGCCUACGCGGACCCGUUCUAGUCGAGGAGCACCUGCUGCAGCAAAACAAGAGACUACAGAAGUCGUUGCACCAAAACUGAGUCCACACAAGCUGAGUCCUACCAUCACAAGAAAGACUACUCGCUCUGCGUCCAACAUUUCAAGUCAACCAUCAUUUACCGAUGCUGCACCUGAAGUCUAUGCUUCAUACGAGCGUCCAUUUUUAAUGGUGUUUGGCUUGUCACGCGAAUUCUUCGAUGGCCUCAAGAAGCACCACGGCAAAUUACCUAAGCAGCGCAAGAACCUUGAAAGCGCUGUGCAAGAGUCGCCGACCUCGGAUGAGGAAUCUGAAUCUGAUGCGGAGGAAAGUGCAGAUGAGAGUGAAGAGUCUGCUGAUGCAACACCCGUCAUGUCUCAUGCUGCGCCCAGAGGACGAGGCCGCGGUGGGCGGGGAGGGCGUGGCGGACGAGGCAGAGGCACCCGUGGGAGAGGAAAAGGAGGUCGAGCACGGGGCGGUCUGGUCCGAACUAUUUCACCGACUCGAUCACGUCCAUCGCGAAACGCAGCACCCAUGUUUCCGCUCACAGAGGAAGAUGAUGGUCCGUCCAAUCAGACGACGCCAAACGGCGAGAGCUUGGCAUCACAACUACCUAACGAAGACGAUGCAAUGUCAGACGCCUCCGAACCAACUAAUGACUUAGUAUCAGAAGUCGAUGUCGACAGUGAUAUCGAGGAUGAGUCUAUUGGAAACGCGCAUCUGGAGUCUAUGACCCCAGCUGGUUCACCGCCCUCCACGACCACCCCUCAAGGCUCACCUCCCAAGGGCCUUCUUAACGCUAUACUUGAUGGCAGUUACACCCCUUCGUUGGUCGCAGAGUCCGAACCCAAAGCCUCCAAGACUACAACAAAGGUUAAGAUCCCAAAGAUCUCCCUGACGACCAAAUCAGCCUCUCAAACGCCUCAGGAAUCGGCUUCGACUCCCGCAGAAACCCUCAAACCGCUCGAUCCCAAAGACGAUGUUCUUUCUGAAAAUGAUCUUCCUGGUCCUUGGGCCGAUAACUUUCACCCACAGCCUCUGGACGAUUGCGAGGACCUGGCUGAUUAUCUCCUCCAAAGAAAAUUUGAGGCAAUGUCCGAUGUGAACAAGAUCAUCGCAACCUUCAACAAGUUUCCACCUACCCAACGAAGUACGCAAAAUCUGUAUGCCCUAGCUGAGAACGCACGAUACAUUCUCAAGUGCUGGCAGGAUGAGUAUCUCGAGCUGGACGCACGAACCGCGCCCCACAUGCAUCCACCGAAAAAGGCUUGCAAUAGUGGGCGGAUACCAGUGGCUUCUCAGCUUUUCGAAGACACAAAAGAAGCAGACCUCUAUGGCUACACCUUUGAUCCCAAAAAGCCACCUGGCUACCAGGAUCCUUGGGCGCAACGACCCGGUGCCGAGAAGAGUGGCGGUCGAGAGCUCCGAACACGUCGUGCGCGCGACAUGCUAGACUCUGCAGCUGCAAGUGAGGAAGACGAAGAGGACAAUGAAGGUCGCUCAUCGAGGCGACAACGCAAGGCGCCUCGCAAAUUCGAUGGUACUGACGCAGUCAUAGGAGCCACUACUCCCAAAAAGCACAAUGGGUGGGGUGGAGCCCGCAAGAAGGGCGUCAGCAGAUUCGCUAUGCCUGCAUCCGAAACUCCAGAGCCUGACAGUAGACCAGCCAAGCGGGCCAGAACUGCGGCGGCUUCUGCACUUCAUCAGCGCCUUGUGCAUGAGAGCGUGCGCGAGAGCUCAGUGGCUACGACAUCUGGCGAUGAGGGCUCAUCCACGAUGGACGUUGAAGAGUAUGCAGAUGCAAACACGAAACGUGGGCGACCACCGGGAAGCAAGAAUACAGGGCGACGCAGUGAUUUUGGUAUAAAGAAGGGCCCACGAAAGAAGGCCAGUGACGUUGGUACGCCAGUGCCAUCAGCGCACGGUCCAAAUCCUCCUCCACCAGCACUGCAGUCAUUGAGCGCAGGUCAAGGUCAGUUCUCCAUUGAUACACAGCCUUUUUCAGAUGCACCUCCCUUGCCAGCAGCGAACCCUGCUGAGACGGUCUUCCAAGCUACGCCGCAACCCGUCGCCGCACAAGAUGGCGCUCUCGUACACCCAAGCGAGUCGAGUACACCAGAUGCAUACAUGAUCACUGCUCCGUUGAGCCAAUACACCAGUACCCAGGCUGAGGAUGCUACGCCAGCAUCAAGUUCGAGACGAAAGCCACGAGUUAAGAGCGAGAAGCGCAGCCAGUCGAUGACCAUAUGGUGGGCAGAACGCAAAGCGCGCAAGAAAGAGCAGGAUGAGAAAGAAGGUAGGUCGCCAAAGCCACCGGCAUCAAGAUCGAAUUCUUCAAGUGGACGUCGAGGCGGACGAACAACUGGGGGACCGAGCGCUACUGCAACACCUGUAUCGACUCCUCCAGAAGCUCAACGGCCUUCUCCUAUGCAUCACCAGGAUCAUCAUUACCCGCCAGAAGCAUAUACUAUGCAUGCGUCUCUACCACCGCUGUCAGCACCCUCUCCUCACCUGACAUACGCCUCAGCACCCUUGCAUCAUCCUAUGCUAUUGCAGUAUUCUCCGCUUACCGCGCUUCCAUCUGGGACCUUUCCGGGAUACUCAGGCCCUCCAUCACUUCAUUCUCACCUUGGACCUAGAGCACUUGCUCCGGCUCCACAACAACUACCCGCAUACCCGAGCCCUUACGGACCACAAAGCCCUGCCGGCCCCCGUCCGAGGAGCAGCGGCCGCAGUGGUCCACCGCCCCUGGCGCCUGCACCGCCGCAGCAUUACAGCCCGUAUGCACCGGUGAGCAUGGGAAGAGAGAUACCAUUUAAGGUGAUGGUUCCGGGCCCUCCACCUCAUGACGACAGAAGAGGGAGCCGUUAG